GACAGGUCAUCGCAUCAUCCGAUGGAGUUUACAUAGAUGUGACACCACCGAGGUUUGAAGCCCUAUUUCACGUAGACACAUCGUGGUCGAUGGACGAGCCAUCAGAAUUCCAAGGAUCAAAUUCUACCAUAGCUGUUCGCUGGAGAGCUAUCGAUAUGGAAAGCAAGAUUACUGAAUACCGUUGGGCUGUCGGUACUUCUAAGGGCAGCAAUGAUAUUCGAGAGUUUGACACCAUCAUCCCAAUGGACGAGAAAGAUGUCCUUGCUGUAGCAGAAGAUUUAGAGGGUCUUCUUGAGGAAGGCAGUAUCUACUACGUUACUGUAGUGGCGCUCAACUUAGCUGGACUUGAGGAGACUGUAUACACCAAUGGAGUAACUGUUUUGAUGACUGAACCGAACACCACGAGUGCCAACAUCUCCGUCCCAGGCGCCGUGCAGAUAGCUCCUAACGUAGUGUCCACUGAGGAUCAGACAAGUAUUAGUUUCGUUUGGACUGCAGUAGAGGACUCUGGCAUAAAUGCGUACUGUUUACGCCCCGGAGAAAAGAUUGUGUGCAGUCCGCUGUCCAAACAGGAUGUUGUACAGGAGUACACAUCAGACGCGUCAGCCAGGUUCAAGCCGAUUAUUGUCAACCCCUACCUAACAGCGGACUUUACAGAUAGAAACCUGCGACACAGGAUCCGUAGAUUCACCGACCAAAGCUUCGUGCUGAGUCCAGUUGCUGGUCAGGAGUUACGAGGCCCCCUCAACAUCACAGUUACCAUGGUCAACGUAACGGCAGCACCUACCGAGCUUCUUAGGCUGCUCUUCUGGAAUGCGGAAUCAGAGAUGUGGCAGGAUGCCGGACAUACAUGUCAACUCUUCACCCAGACGUACACAUACAAAAACACGUCGGAGUUCAAUGUACAGGUUUGCAACACCAGCAACCUCCUCACAAAUCCUACCUCCGUACAUCGUGAUAAAAGAUCUCCGCAGGAAGGCAUCUUCUUUGGAAAAGAGACAUUCUUUGUCGUUGCGCUCGUCGAUUCAUCUUUCCAAAACAGUGCACCGCGUCUCGCCGUCUCACCCUACCUGUGGACCUAUGAGGAUGUCCCGAUUGUGGCAUACCUGGAAGCGAUAGACGACGACGAUGACGAAGUAACGUUCAGUAUAGACAGGUCUACUGAGACUCUGUUCAUUGGAGAAGUUGAAAUUGAGCCGAAUGGGAUACUCCGCUAUACACCAUGCAAAGAUUGCUUUGGUAAGGACUUUGUAACUGUUGUUAUGAGUGAGAACAGGAGGGAUGGAGAAACGCCACUGGUGACGAGAGAGACGGUUGUCAUUGAUGUCGUCGCUCUUGAAGACAACCCCGACGUCUUUGCAGUGAAGGAUAGAGUAAAGGUAAACAGCACAGGUGACUCCAUCACAGUUACAUUGGAGGAGAACACAGCUCAAAGACUAACCCGGUCCAAGUACGAUGUCUUGGUGUUUGGAGCGGACAUAGAAACGAAUGAUGUUUUGUCCCUGGUAUUCCACGACCCAAGCAAUGGCACUUUGGCCUUGUCAAAGAUUGUGCAAAACAUCACCUUCCUCCAUGACGACACCGAUGACCAUGCCACGGUAGAUGGCGCUAACUUUGCCAAUAAAUCGGCGGAUGAAGUGUCUAUCCCUUACCCACAGAACCUCCUGAUGCCACACCGACCAGAGAAGUACUCCUGGGUAGCGGUUGGCUUCACCUACGUUCCGGACAUGAACUUCUAUGGACAUGAUCAGGUCAGGGUGUAUGCUCAUGACCAGAGUGGCAAACGUUCUGACGUACUUACCUUUAACAUCUUCGUCCUUGAAAACCGCUGUAUGAAUGGCGGCCUGUGCACCGGUCCUGACCACGAUCCAAACUGCACAGACAUACAGCGGAGCGUCUCCUUCAGUGGGUACGAAUGCGCAUGCCUGGAUGGUUACUACGGAAGGUACUGCGAGAGCGACUUUGACGAAUGUUCCUCCAACCCCUGUCCGCAGAACUACACCUGUGUCGACCUCCCUAACGACUUCCUCUGUGAUUGUGGCUCCCCGUCCUGGCCGUGCGCCUCGCAGUCCAUGCCACCAUGGCAGAUCGCACUCAUCACCCUCCUGUGCAUUGGUGUCACUAUCGCUGUCGUAGCUUGGGCUGUGUGGAAAGCAUCGAAGAAGGAGAAGAAUAAAAUUGGGUAA